AUGUCCGUCGAAAGGAUACUGUAUUCGCUGAAAGUUCUCAAUUUUCGAUACGAUGACGAUAUUACGGACCGACUUCACUAUUUCGUCACGUCGAAUGCACUCAUUGUUGCCGCUAUUCUCACCACCUAUAAAACCUUCGAAGAUCAUCAACUGAAGGAUAAAGGCAACAUGAUGAUCGAGAGUUUGAUUGCAAUGGUGCGAUAUCUGUCGCCAAGACAGGAUGACGAUGCUAUCGACCGAUUACAUUACCUUUAUACACCCAACAUUCUACUUACUUUCGCCGUUCUGAUCAGCUUCAAACAGUUCGGUGGUCGUCCUCUUGAAUGCAUGUUCCCCAACAAAUUCCCUGGAUCUUGGGAACAAUACGCUGAAAAUUACUGUUGGGCGCAGGAUACGUAUUAUGUUCAGCCGGACGUACAUGUUGCAAAUAUCCGAGAGAAUGAGCGAUACACACCCGAACGGCAACUUUCUUACUACAAAUGGGUGCCGUUCUUCUUACUACUUGAAGCUGCACUCUUCCGAAUACCGAGUAUCAUCUGGAAAUAUCUCUCGAUGAGUUCAGGGAUUCGAAUCCACGAAUGUGUUGAAAAAGCGAUGGAUCCAGGUAAUAUGGAUGAAUUGAACAAAGAGCGCAAUAUUGCAUCACUUUCUAGGCAUAUGCAAAAUGCAUUAAGAUUUCAUAGACGUAUCAUACGUCAGAAUAUCGAAGUGCAUAAGACGUUCAAAUUCUUAAAUAUCCGCUAUUCGGCAUUUUUCAUCUCACUGAUGUAUUUAGUCACAAAAUCACUCUACUUGAUCAAUGUCCUUGCUCAGUUGUAUUUGAUGAAUAAAUUCCUUCAUACGGAUAGAUAUGAUUGGUAUGGAAUUGGGGUUGUCCGAGAUAUUUUAAAUGGUACCGAAUGGAGUUCAUCCGGUUAUUUUCCACGUGUUUCAUUAUGCGAUUUCAUGGUUCGUCAAGUUGGUAAUAUUCAACGGUAUUCGGUACAAUGUGUGCUCGUCAUUAAUAUGUUCAACGAGAAGAUUUUCAUAUUACUUUGGUUUUGGUUUAUGAUGCUUGCUGUAUGUACAGUGCUGUCAUUUAUCUAUUGGUUCUUCAUGCUUACAUUCCCGUGUUUCAGUCGCUGGUUUAUUUCACAGUCUCUGGAACUUUCUGAAAUGAAGUUCGAUCCAGAAACGCGUUCCAAAGAAGUUGAGCGUUUUGUAUCGACAUAUUUGCAUCGUGACGGUGUCUUCGUUCUUCGAAUGGUCACUAUACAUGCUGGUAUAAUAUUUGGUAGUGAUUUGGUUAGGUCUCUAUGGAGGCAGUUUUAUGGGAUUGAAGAGCAGUUAUCAGAAGGAAGGACGUCGAAGGAUGACAAAGCUGAUAAUCAGGAAAAUUUUCUACGAAAACGAAAAAAACAAAGAGAAUUAGUCGUUGACCUGGAUUCUUAUACGGCCCUAAUACCUACGUCACCUGAAGAUAGCCAGUCUCCGAAAACGCCUUCCGAUGACUGA